AUGGGACCCUGCCUUAAAGCCAUCAAGUUAGUUCAAGCUGCUUUAUGUGAUAACUUUGAUAUGAAGGAUUUUGGUGAUGCUCAAAAGAUUUUGGGUAUCAUUAUCUUUAGAAACAGAAAGGAGUUUGUCCUUGUGCUUCACCAAAAACCAUAUGUGUUUAAAAUUUUAAAGAAGUUUAACAUGUCUGUUGCUAAACCUGCUAUUGUGCCUUUAGCUGCUCAUUUUCUGUUGAGUAAAGAUCUGUGUCCAAAGUCUGAGUAUGAUAUCAAUGUUAUGAAAAAGGUGUCCUAUGCCAAUGCUAUAUUUUCUGUUAUGUACUUAAUGGUCAGUACAAGACCUGAUAUUGCUUAUUUUGUGUCUUGCUUGAGCAGAUACAUGUCUAACCUUGGACAUGUGCACUGGGAGGCCCUGAGGUGGCUUCUGAGAUAUUUGAAACAUACUUCUAAGUAUGGUAUGUGUUUUUCUAAGUGUGAUGAUGGUGUGAACCUAUGUGGUUUUGUGGAUUCCAAUUAUGCUAAUGAUAGGGACAAGAGAAAGUCCACUACUUCUUAUGUGUUUACAGUGUGUAGAUCAUGUAUAAGCUGGAAAUCACAACUGCAACACAUAGUAGCCCUCUUCACUACUGAAUCAGAAUAUAUAGCCAUCACAGAGGCUAUGAAGGAAACAAUUUAG